AUGGCCUCUUCAAUUCCCACCGAAGCUCCGACCGAUAUCCGCAUCCUCGCACUCAACUGCUGGGGUCUGAAAUACAUCGCCAAGUACCGCCAUGAACGCAUGUCGGAGAUCGGGCGUCAGCUGGCAUUAGCCAACCCGUCGCCAGAGAUAGUGGGACUACAAGAAUGCUGGACACAAAAGGACUACGAAAGCAUCCGUGACCAAACCCGACACAUACUACCAUAUGGAAAGUUCUAUUAUGGAGGAAUAUUUGGCGCAGGAUUGGCGAUUCUGUCAAAAUGGCCGAUUGAGGAGAGCAGCAUGUUCGGAUACCCGUUGAACGGCCGGCCGACAGCGUUCUUCCGAGGAGACUGGUUCGUGGGCAAAGGUGUUGCCAGCGCAAGGGUCAGAUUUGGCCCUGGUUCUGCAGAUGUGGCAGAGGUGUUCUGUACACAUUUACACGCCCCGUAUGAGCGCGAACCAAACGACUCCUAUAUCUGCCACCGAACCGCGCAGGCAUGGGAGAUCUCCAAGUUAAUGCGCGGCGCUGCUGAGCGCGGCCAUCUAGUCAUAGGCCUUGGCGAUUUCAAUAUGCUGCCUUCUUCAUUCGCCCACCGGCUGAUCACAGCCCAGAGCCCUGUCCGCGACGCCUGGCGCGAGCUGCACCCCGACUCUUCACUCGCGGCAGCAAUCGACCCGGUUGAACAGGCUCGGAACCGGCCUAUUCCCACGGCGGAGUUCAAUCUUUCCGAGAACGGAGCUACCUGUGACGGGUCAUUCAACACAUGGCGCUGGUCUGAGAAUAUGCGCAAGCGUCUAGAGAAGGGCGAGGACAUCGUCAUCGAAAACGACACCCCAGAUCCCCGUGGUAAACGUCUGGACUAUAUCUUCGUCGGCGAUGGUGGCUACCCGCCUGCCUUCCCACCGUCUCGUUGGUCAGUCGAGUCUGUCCAAGUUUCUAUGACACAACGCCACCCCACUCUCCUUUGUUCUUUGAGCGAUCACUUUGCCGUCGAAGCUGUCAUUACCCGAUCCCCUGCGAGGUCGACAUACCCUCCUUCCCACCCUGACUCUGCCCCAGCUUCUCCCGACUGCCCCACUCUUCAUACAACAACUUCAAAGCAAGUCUCCCCCAACGCGGCCUUGUCUCCCGAAACAUACGACCACAUAAUUGAGAUGACUCACAAGUACGUAUACCGUGAGCGCUCUCAGCGCCGCUGGCGUCUUGCGCAUUUCAUAGCGUCUAUUGUGAUUUCAAUUGGUUGCAUGGUCGGCGUGUGGUGGAUUGGUAACCGUACCUACAUCGGGUUCUUGCUUAUCCUGAUCAGCACUCUGAACUUUGCUGCUGGAGUCUUGGACGGUCUGAUCGGUGGAUUAUUCAUGUCUAGUGAGCUGCGUGCUUUGAAAGAGUUCGAGUGGGAGGUGAGAAACGCACGAAGUUUGGUGGUUGCUGCUGAGAGCGGUGCUGGUGCUGUUUCAAAAGAAACGGAGAGAGAUGACAAGGAUUGUUGA